UCUUUCUCUUUCAAUCAAAACACUUCAUAGACAGCCCUUACAUAUAAUCACACCAUAGAUAUCGCUGUCUUUAAUUUACUUAUAUAAGAAGAUUUACUGUGUUUAAUCUAAAUAGUAGCUAGGGAUAUAUUUAAAUAUAUUUUGGUACAAGUUUGAAAUAAAUUUAUACUUGUCUCCACUCAAACUAUUAGUUUGUUUCUUUCAAAUCUGACAUAUAGAUGUUCAAAUUAACCAAAACAAGUUGGUGAAAAGUAAUUGUACGUAACCGUCCUCAAGUUCUGAAAAAUCAAGAUAUUACGUACACUUAUUGGUUCAGUCAGAUGUUCGUUCAUGUUUGCAAAAUCAUGUCAUGUUGAAUUUAUCAUUAAAACUAAUUUUAGAGUUGAGUAUAAUCCACUUACAAACUAAAUUGAUUCUAUAUAACAGCUAGAUAAUAACUUUUAAUGGGGGAUGUAUAUUUUUCUCACUUCCCUUUAAAAUGUUUAACGCAGUGUCUUUUUAGCUUAUAUAUUUAAUUUAUUAUUUUCAAAGAGCUUGUACAAUUACUUCUAAAUUUUAACCUAAUUUCAAGACUUAUUUAUGAAUUAUUUUUAUAUGUGUAUAUAUAUUCAUAAAUACUAAGUUAACUAAAUAUCAAUAAGUUGAGAUUUUAAAAUUGUAUAGCAAAUUUCUAAUUUUUUUUUGAUGAUCGAGUAUGUUUGCAUUAACUUAUUAAGUACAUACGUACCAAUACAAUGUAAACUCUCUUAUGUUUUCCUAAUGAAUCGUUACUUUUCAUAAUAUUUUUAAUAUCAAUUCACGUGUACACCCGUAUGAUUCCUCUUGCCAACCCGACAGCUCCAUUGAAGAACACAAAUAUAACUAAUUUAUUUAUUAAAAAACUUGUUGACCAAAAGAAGUUGUAUUAAAAAUUUACACUAAAAUCAUUUUCCUGGCUAAAUUCUUAGUGGAAUCUACCGACUUUCUCGGACACCAAACGCUCGGAAAUUUCCAUAUGACACACCACACGAUCUCUCCAACGAUUAAAAUAAAAAGGAGAAUAUAAUUAUUUACCUAUAAAUAACCCCAUUAGCAUAAUCAUCUCCAAGUAAACCAAGGAAGAAAACAAAAGCAGAUAUACUAAUCAACCAAAACCUAAAAUGGCUACAAAACUUAUAGUCCUAUGCUGCUUUCUAACGUACGCAUUGGCUAUGGCCGCAGCAUUAUCGGAAGGUGAUUCCCCGGUAGCAAGGAAGUUCGGUGGAGAAGACGGGCCAAGAGAGGAGGCAGAAGCACCUGAGAUUUUAAAUUCAGAAGAGACUGUACGGCGAGGCCACCACCAUUCUACAGUGGACAGAUCGGUGGCCGGCGGUGGGGUUAUUCUUGGCGGUUUAGCAACUACGUUUCUCGUGGUGGUGUUUUGUUAUCUAAGGGCCACCAGGAAACACAAACCCAAUUUUGCUGACGAGACAGGGACUCCUAAGGUUUUAGUUUGAUUUUUUGUGUCAGUAGUGUUUCUAUUGUAAAUGUUUAAUGUUCGUUAAUUUCAUUUAUAAAACUUUGUGAUAUAAAGUUUAUUUCGA